AACGAUACGAGGCCCCUGAACUCCUCCUCUAUUGGUUCGCUGUGUUUGUUUGGGGGAGUUGGGCUUCUCUUGGACGAGGCUUUAAACAGACAGACGCCACUUGUUUUUCUUCCAAACGCAGAGCUAGUAAGAUAAGCGAGGGUAGACGUCGAGGGAUUCGAGCUCACAUCCUUUCUGAAGGGAAGGGACAGCCACGUGAGCUAUGCGAGCGCUGUUAGCUUUGUGCUUGGCCUCGCUCCCGGGCCUGCUCUGGGCUUCACCGUUAUUAGUGGAGAGAAACAGCAGCCAGUCGGCCAUCUGUAAGCUCGCACCGCGCUGGGAGAUUGAAGGACACUCUCCGAUGGAUGAGCUGCAGGGAUACGUGGUGGUGGUAGCGCUGCUGAAAGCCAGCUGACAGUUCUGCCUCAUGCAGGCUGCUAAGAUGGGAGUCCUGCGUGAUAAGCUGGCACGGGGAAACCUGACCAGCGUUGCGUUUCUGAUCGUGAACGAACAGGAUGCUCUUUCCAGGGCCAUGUACUGGCAGCUGAAGAGACGAGCAGCAGAGGGAAUCCCUGUGUACCAGCAGAGCCCGCUGCAGGACGACAUCUGGGACACUCUACAGGGAGACAAGGACGACUUCUUGGUUUACGAUCGAUGCGGCUAUCUGACGUUUCACAUUGGGCUACCGUACAGCUUCCUGCACCUCCGCUAUGUAGAGGCGGCCAUCCAAGCCACGUACUUAGGAAACAUCUGUAACUGCACGCUAAACUCUACUCAGCUAACUAGCAGCAACGUGACCACAGAAAGAAGUUCUGAGCAGAAUACGACUGCAAUAGAACCGCAGAACACAAAUCUUCAUCAUCAUCACCAUCAUCACCAUCACCAUCAUUACCAUCAUCAUGACUACAGCCAGAUUCGCUCCACCCAAAAUCCAGCCAUCACACAGAUCACCAGCACCACCACAGAGCAGGAACACACUCACCAUGACUCAGAACACUAACAUUCGCAUUGGAAAUAGAAGCCUGACUCUUUAACGGAGAGAAGCAAGGCUUUAUCGUACGAUAUCGUACGCCUCACCAUCGAACAGAUGAUGUAUUUUAAUCCUGUUUCUUUACUAUUCUACUGGAGCUACAGUGCUAGAUCAGCUAACUAGUCAUAGAAGCAUAUAGACACCAUUUUGGCAUUGUACACAGUUGUGGGUGUGGCUAAAUGUCUAAAGAUUGCAUGUGUGUGGCUAAAUGUCUUAACAUUGUGUGUGUGUGGCUAAAUGUCUUAACAUUGUGUAUGUGUGGCUAAAUGUCUUAACAAUGUGUAUGUGUGGCUAAAUGUCUUAACAUUGUGUGUGUGUGGCUAAAUGUCUUAACAUUGUGUGUGUGUGGCUAAAUGUCUUAACAUUGUGUGUGUGUGGCUAAAUGUCUUAACAUUGUGUGUGUGUGGCUAAAUGUCUUAACAUUGUGUAUGUGUGGCUAAAUGUCUUAACAUUGUGUGUGUGUGGCUAAAUGUCUUAACAUUGUGUGUGUGUGGCUAAAUGUCUUAACAUUGUGUGUGUGUGGCUAAAUGUCUUAACAUUGUGUAUGUGUGGCUAAAUGUCUUAACAUUGUGUGUGUGUGGCUAAAUGUCUUAACAUUGUGUGUGUGUGGCUAAAUGUCUUAACAUUGUGUGUGUGUGGCUAAAUGUCUUAACAUCGUGUGUGUGUGGCUAAAUGUCUUAACAUUGUGUGUGUGUGGCUAAAUGUCUUAACAUUGUGUGUGUGUGGCUAAAUGUCUUAACAUUGUGUGUGUGUGGCUAAAUGUCUAAAUGUUGUAUGAUUGUGGCUUAAUGUCAAAACGCUGUGUGGGUGUGGCUAAAUGUUGAAACAUGUGGCUAAAUGUCUAAACGUUGUAUGGUUGUGACUAAAUGUCUAAACAUGUUUCUAAAUGUCUAAACGUUGUGUGGGUGUGGCUAAAUGUCGAAACGUUGCAUGGGUGUGGCUAAAUGUCUAAACAUGUGGCUAAAUGUCUAAUUGUUGUGUGGGUGUGGCUAAAUGUCUAAACAUUGUGUGGGUGUGGCUAAAUGUCUAAAGACUGUAUGGGUGUGGCUAAAUGUCUUAACAUUGUAUAUGUGUGGCUAAAGGUCUAAACGUUGUGUGGGUGUGGCUUAAUGUCUAAACAUUGUGUGGAUGUGGCUAAAUGUCUAAACGUUGUGUGAGUUUGGCUAAAUGUCUAAACGUUGUGUGGGUGUGGCUAAAUGUUUAAAAGUUGUAUGGGUGUGGCUAAAUGUCUAAAAGUUGUAUGGGUGUGGCUUAAUGUCUAAAUGUUGUGUGGGUGUGGCUAAACAUCUAAAUGUUGUGUGAUUGUGGCUAAAUGUCUAAACAGUUUGUGGGUGUGGCUAAAUGUCACAUUGUGUGGAUGUAAAUGUUGAGUGGGUGUGUCUAAAUGUCUAAACAUUGUGUGGGUGUGGCUAAACGCACUUUAUACAACACUGAACUGGUAGCUAAGUUAGUUACCUUUGCCUUGCAGCUCCAGUAUAAUGUAAAAGCGUACUCUGACACAAAAAAAAUCUCAGUUGAUUAAUUACAUUUGUGGAAGAGAAUUUUGGGGAAUUUUAGAGUUUUUUUUUGACCCAGUGACGUUUCUCAGUAAGUCUAUAAUCAGCUUUCAUGUGGAGAAACAUCUCUGAUGGAUGGUUGUGAAGAGUCGCUCCUCUUGGGUUCCUCGUCAUUGCUCUUAAUGAAGCCUGCGCAUCAAACCCGCGCCGGGGGCGUGCACGUGGAUGUGGAGCUGAGGAGGAAUCACGUGGAGCAUCAACACUUCUGUCCAAGAUGGCUGCCUCUGAGAGCUGAGGUUUACUGCAGAAAUCAUCAUCAACUACAUCCCGUUAUCUGUUGUCUUAUAUGUGUUACAGCGCUUUAAUAGGAUCAGGAAUGAUCUUCCUAAUAAGCCCAAUUUAAUGUCCAAAUUUAAUCAUGUAUUGAUGUAUUAAUGCUGAGAAUAGUUU